AUGCAAAGAAAAAUUCUCUCUCUUGGUUUAAUAAUUUUUCUUGUCUCUAUUUUAGACUAUCCAUUACGUUCUCCAUCCAGCACCAACAUUCAUCUGAAUGCUCGAUGGCAACAAAAUGGUAUCACUGUAGCUGGAGGAAAUCGACAAGGCAAUGGAAUCAAUCAACUCUCAGACCCAUGGGGUUUGUAUGUUGAUGAUGAUCAAACAAUUUAUGUUGCUGAUACAUCGAAUCAUCGCAUUGUGGAAUGGAAACGAGGUGCAACAAGUGGCCAAGUGGUUGCCGGUGGAAAUGGACAAGGAAGUGGAGAUCAUCAACUGUAUAACCCAACAGAUGUGAUUAUCGACAAAGAGAGAGAUAGUCUCAUCAUAUGCGAUCGUUCGAAUAGAAGAGUGGUUCGAUGGCCUCGUCGAAAUGGGACAAGUGGAGAAACAAUCAUCUCCAACAUCGAUUGUGUGGGUUUGACAAUGGACGAGAAUGGAUCUCUCUAUGUCACUGACUUUGGAAAAAAUGAAGUGAGACGAUAUCGAAGAGGAGAAUCUCAAGGAACAGUGGUUGCAGGUGGCAAUGGAAAUGGAAAUCGUGUCGAUCAACUUUCUUCCCCACGAUACGUAUCCGUCGAUCGAGAUCAUUCAGUGUACGUAUCAGAAUGGAACAAUCAUCGUGUGAUGAAAUGGAUGGAAGGUGCAAAAUACGGCAUUGUCGUGGCUGGUGGUCAAGCACAAGGAAAUGGUCUUACCCGAUUGUCAUCUCCUCAAGGAGUCGUUGUCGAUCAAUUGGGCACUGUCUAUGUGGCUGAUGAAGGGAAUAAUCGAAUCAUGCGAUGGCCUAAAGGAGCCACACAAGGAAGUGUCAUUGUUGGUGGAAACGGUAGUGGAGAACAAUCGAACCAACUCAAUUGGCCCUUCGGUUUGUCAUUCGAUCGACACGGGAAUCUCUAUAUCGUCGAUAAUGGAAACGCUAGAGUCCAAAAAUUCGAACUACAAUCCAAUCCGAAGUAA